AUGACGGUGUCACCUUCUAUUGCCUCUGCUGCCAAGAGUGGCCGAGUCCUCAUAAUCGGCGCCACCGGCUUCAUCGGCAAGUUCGUCGCCGAAGCCAGCCUAGACUCAGGCCUGCCUACUUACGUCCUCGUCCGACCCGGCCCGUCUCGCCCUCCCAAGUCCGACAUCAUCAUCAAGUCGUUCAAAGACAGAGGCGGCAUCAUCCUGCAUGGAGUGAUGAGUGAUAGGCCAUUGAUGGAGAAGCUGCUGAGAGAGCAUGAGAUCGACAUAAUCAUAUCAGCCGUGGGUGGUGCAACAAUUUUGGACCAGAUUACCCUGAUAGAAGCCAUCGCUGCAGUCGGAACGGUCAAGAGGUUUCUGCCGUCGGAGUUCGGGCACGAUGUGGACCGGGCCGACCCGGUGGAACCGGGUCUGACGAUGUACUUGGAGAAGCGCAAGGUGAGGCGUGCGAUUGAGAAGACUGGAGUCCCUUACACCUACAUUUGUUGCAAUUCUAUUGCUUCUUGGCCUUACUACGACAACAAGCAUCCUUCAGAGGUUGUUCCGCCGUUGGAUCAGUUCCAGAUCUACGGUGACGGUACGGUCAAAGCCUACUUCGUAGACGGUCCUGAUAUUGGAAAGUUCACCAUGAAGACGGUGGACGACAUCCGAGCCAUAAACAAAAAUGUUCACUUUCGACCCUCAAGCAAUCUGUAUGAUAUCAACGGUCUUGCUUCUUUGUGGGAGAAGAAAAUUGGUCGGACCCUCCCGAGAGUUACUGUAACUGAACACGACCUAUUGUCAAUGGCUGCAGAGAACCGUAUACCAGAAAGUAUUGUAGCCUCAUUCACUCAUGAUAUCUUUAUCAAAGGCUGUCAAACCAAUUUCCCCAUUGAAGGUCCUAAUGAUAUUGAUGUGGGCACUCUAUAUCCUGAGGAAUCUUUUAGGACCUUGGAUGAGUGCUUCAAUGACUUUCUUGUCAAAGUUGGGGGGACGCUAGAGACUGAUAAAAUUGCCACCAAGAACACGGCGGCGGUUGGAGUUGAACCUAUGGCAAUCACUGCAACUUGUGCCUGAAGAACAUUCUAUUCCCUGAUGCUCCCAAGAGUUCGUUCCACAAUUUGUUUAGCAUUCCACGUUUACUUCCAAAGAAGAUGUGCUAAUAUCAUUGUUUGGUAAAAGCAAGGAAACUGGAGAAUUUCAUUUGCAUGUGAAUAUGAUCCAGCUGUUUUUAUGAUUGUUUGGUUAUUCAAUGUAGUAGUAUGCUCAAAUAUGUGAAAUAAUUGAUGAUAAUGUUAUAAUAGUCAUCUCUUCUUAUGUUC